AUGGCCGCCGCCGACCCAACGAUAACCGGUGUGACCCCGCUGGAGGCAGCGGUGGUGGCGGCGCCAGGGGAGCCGGGGGAGCCGGAGGAGCCGGGGGAACCGGGGGAGCCGGGGAAGCCGGGGGAGCCGGGGGCGGCGGGGGCGGUGGGGACGGCGGCGGCAGCUCUACCCCUUUGGCGGUCGGUGUCGCCAGAGCCGUCAGCUCGGGUCUACGUGAGGCCUAAAUGUGUCGUUUACCCGCACGCCCCCAAGAACUCGCGCCUGUCGUGGUGCGUUCUGCGUUGGCUGCAGAGCCUGAACCUCAGCUUCUUCCCCAAGAACGUCAACAGGGAUUUUUCAAAUGGCUACCUGAUUGCAGAAAUACUCAGCAUAUAUUUCCCCCGGGAUCUUCACUUGUCAACCUUUGUAAAUGGAACUUCUUUGAAAGUGAAGUUAAGCAACUGGGGACAGUUGGAGAAGUUCAUGGCCAAAAAAUGCCUAAAAUUGCCUGAAGAACUAAUUCAUGGAACAAUUCAUUGUAAAUCUGGAGUGCCCGAAAUACUGAUUGAGGAAUUGUAUACCAUGUUGACUCAUCGAGAGAGUAUGAGCGUGGAGAGUGACCUUGUGAAUUUCACAGACUUUACUUACCAGAUGAGUCUGCCUCCUGUUUCCAGGUCCACUGCUUCAAAGUCUAUUAAAGAUAAUAUCAAGUUGACAGAAUUGAUAAGUAAUCCCAACAUCCUCAGUCAUAAACGGAGAGCAGAGUUCCUCCUCCUUUUACAUAUGUUGCAAAGAAAAAUAAGCAGAGACAUGUACCCAGAAAGGUUUGAGGUCAAGCCAACAGUGGGAAAGCUUGCGUUUGAUCAUCUUUCUACCAAAGGUUCUAGAUGCAAACUGAAACCAGUGACUGCAAAGAAAAACAGCGCUUCUGUUUUCUGCAUUACGGUUUGUGGUACAGAUUCUGAAAGGUUAUCACAUAUAUCCUUUCACCAGCUUUCAACUCUCAGUUCUUGUCGAGAGUGA